AUGAGAGGUUUCGUAUCUAUUUCAGACUCCGAACUCGAGGAGUUGGGUGAACAGCUACCUCGUUACCGACCUGACUCCAUAGCGGCUCUUCGCAGAGCGACCAGGUUCACGGAGCCGGAACUCAAAAGAUUGUACCGAGGCUUCAAAGCGGAAUGUCCCACGGGCGUCGUCAAAGAAGAGACCUUCAAACUCAUCUACUCUCAGUUCUUCCCGCAAGGAGCCAACACGGCGCAGUACGCACACUACGUAUUCAAUACAUUGGACCAAGAUCGAAGUGGCUUGUUGAGUUUUGAGGAAUUUGUGACUGGAUUGUCGGUAUUAUCAAGAGGUACGCUCGAAGAAAAAUUAAAAUGGACCUUCUCUCUAUACGACAUCAACGGCGAUGGUUACAUAACUAAAGAAGAAAUGACUGAGAUUGUAACUGCUAUUUAUGAUCUAAUGGGAAAAAUAGUUGAACCUAUGAUCGAUGACGAAGCUGUACGAGAAAAAGUUGAAAGAAUGUUUCAGAAAAUGGAUCUGAACCGUGAUGGUGUUUUAACAUUGGAUGAGUUUCUCGACUGUUGCCUUCGUGAUGAAGACAUCUCGCGCUCUAUGGGAGUGUUUGACAGCAACUUCUGA